CGGACAGACACGUUCACGCGGAGAAUUUGCUCUGUGGCGAGUUAUGGAGGAAAUCUCAAGAUGCUGGUGUUGUGCACGUUGUUGCUCUUCCAUAUGGGAGCAGGAGUGAUAGUACAGAAGGUGGGGAUACCAACACCCACGGUCGCAGGCCACAUUGCAAGGCUGGAGUGCGUCUGGUCCGCUGGGAGUGGGCCGCCCUUGUACUCACUCCGCUGGUGCAAGGACGGUCAGCAGUUCUACGUGGUGACAGUCAGGCCGAGACCCCACCAGGCCGUGUUUCCGACGCCCGGGGUUCAUGUGCUCCUCAGUAUGUCGGACGAGUCGGUGUUGAGUCUGGCCAACGUCACAGCGGCCACGUCGGGGACCUACACGUGCGAGGCCAUGAGUGACGCGCCCGAUUUCCUGUCCAGCGCGAGGUCGGCCUAUCUCUCCGUCAUUGCCUCAUUCGUCAACACGCUCCUUCCAGAAUUGCCCGUGUCAGGACCGACGUGGACUGGCGUACUAAGCGUGUAUCACGUGCACCAACACCUGCGAGCUCGAUGUCACGUGAUGGGCUCGAGACCUCCCGCCGUCUUCACGUUCCUGCUCAAUGGAGAGUCGUUUUUGCACGAGGAGCCCUGGGUCACGGAGGACACCCCUCGCUUCAACCGGAGGGGGGAGACCUGGAACUCGUCCUCAUCGCUCUCCAUCCCCCUUACGCCGAAAAACAUCCUCAAGUUCUUCCCUUUCGACGACCGCCGCUCCUACUACAAUGCAGACUCAAGGACGUACGACGACCUCUCCGUCAGCGGUGGUCCGGCCUAUCAGUCCCCGCGGAUUUUUGUCUCCAAUUCGAAUCAGGAAAUCCUCAUUAACGACAUCGGAAGUCGUUCUCCAGAGCAGAUGAUGGAUGAGUCGUCCUAUUACAUGCCAGAUGCGUCGGGGUCGUCCGAAUACUCUCCUUCAAGUCAUGCUGUGUCGUUCCCGGGGUCAGCCUCACAAACACGCAGAUUGAACCUCACGUGUUUGGCCGAUGUUGGGGGCCUUGUGUACAGGACAACAGCUGUUUCGCUCGUCUCUUUUCCCACGGAAAUACACUAUACUAGCAUCACCAGAGGAGCUGUCAGUUCAGGACCUGUACACAGUAUGCUGGCUUGGAUUCCAUUUGUAGCAGUUCUGUACCUGACACAUCCAUAAUUGAACCGUGGUCAUUGCGACUAAUGAAAAAAGGUUAUGAAUGAGAAUGAAUAUCUUCACAGUGC